UUAAUAAUCUAUAUUUAAUAUUAUGAACGUCGCUGACUAUGUCUGUCUAUCGUAUCCAUUUCCGUGAUCUCACUCACACGAAGCUUAAUUUACCAUUGUAGCGAUAUUGUAUUGGGGUGAUAAGGUAAACGAUUUCUGCACACCGUUCAAUUUAUUUGACAAUUUGACGCCAGCAACCAACAAGACACAAGUAUACAAAGAAAAUGCAUAUGUAUACCAAAAUGUACAUCGAUAAAUUGUUCAACAAAGCUCUUUAUAACAAAUGGGAAGUUCCGUUGAUAAAAUUAACUGCAGAAGACUUAGAAAAUUAUAAAUUGAGACUAAUUAAAAAUAAGGAUACACCCAAAGAAGAUGAUAAUAAUGCAUUAAAACAAGAUAAGACAUGUAAAAUCAAUAUAAUAUCUAAAGAGGAUAAAAAAUCAAAAGUCGUUAAAACAUCUGAAAACAGUAAUACAUCUAUAGAUGACGAGCCUGCUAAUAAAAAACAGAAGUUAGAUACAAAUGGAAUAGAUGUUUUGAAAUUGGUGUUAUCUAGAGAGGGUGAAACAGUAAAUGGAAUAUUAAACACCUUAUAAAUGUCAAAAAUUAUGUAAGAGGUAAUUUAACUGAAAUUGAAAAUUUAUAUAAAAAUUAUCAAUAUUUAUAGUAGCAAAUAACAAAUAGUGAUGGUCCUAAAUGACUAAAAAACAAAUAAUUCAUGGUUAAAUGGUAAACUUACAAACCAAAUAAUUUAAAUUUAUAACUAACAGAUGACUUGAGCUACCAACUAUCUAAUGAUUCGGUUGUCUAUUUUUCUAAAAAUAAUCAGAGAGAUGAAAAUAAGCUUUAUAGUUUA